AUGAAUUGUCUAUUUUGGAAUUGUCAAGGGCUUGGGGGUCCUUUGAUAAUUCAUACAUUCGGAGAGAUUCUCCGAGUACACAACCCUCAGGUGGUGUUUCUCUCCGAAACCAGAGCGACACCACAGUUGAUUGAUAGGUUAAAACAACGGUGGAAUCUAUUUGGGUUUGCUGGCGAUCGUACGACCAAUGGCGGGGGGUUAGCAUUACUCUGGAGCAAAGAUGUGGCAGUUGAUUUGAGAGCAUAUUCGCAGAAUUUCAUUGACGUGACGGUGGAAUGCCUUGUGAGUUUUCAAAAAUGGAGGUUAACCGGCUUCUAUGGUUUUCCGGAGAAGCAAGGCAAACGUCUGUCGUGGGAACUUCUUCGCACACUGGGAGGGCAAUACCAGUUACCAUGGAUUGUGGGGGGUGAUUUUAACGAGAUUCUUCAUGCAUCCGAGAAGAUGGGAGGACCAGCUCGUGAGCCUCAUUCCAUGGAGAUUUUUAGGGAAGCUCUUGACGAUUGCGGGCUUUCGAACAUUGGAUGGGAGGGCAAACAGUUUACCUGGACCAACAAUCGCGAACAUCCGCAUACUGUUCGGAGCCGUCUGGAUAGAGUUUGUGUGAACGGGUCGUGGGCGGGUCUUUUUCCCCAUGCAGUAGUCCGACAUCUUGAUCACACUGGAUCAGACCACUCGCCAAUCUUAUUGAUUCCACAAGGGAUGGAGCCUAGAACAAGACCUGGGAGGAAGAGGCCCUUCCGUUUCGAGGCAAUGUGGGCAAGUAGGAGUGACUGCGAGGAGAUUGUUCAGCGAGCGUGGGAAUCAGGGCAGGGGUCAGAUGAGGUGUUAACGCUAUUGCAGCGUACUACGGAUUGUAGGAUGGCUUUGAUGCAAUGGAGCAAGGCUGUGGUCAGGGCUCCCGACAACGAGAUUAAAGAAAUCAUCCAAAGAAUUAAUGAAUUGCGUGACAUGCGACAAACGGCGACUACUAGGGCUGAAUAUCGCGAACUUCAAGGUGAGUUGGAGAAAUUGAUGGGGGACCGUGACAUGUACUGGAGGCAAAGAAGUAAGGCUCAGUGGGUGAGAGACGGGGAUAGAAAUACUAAAUUUUUCCACGCCCGAGCGACGAGCAGGAAAAAACAAAAUCGGGUGGACAAGAUCCGCGACCAGUUCGGUAAUUGGCAGAGUUCUGAGGCAGGAAUUGAGAGGGUUAUUCAACAAUAUUUUGACCAUAUUUUCAGCUCUUCUAAUCCGUCGGAAUUUGAGAUGGAUGAGAUCUUAAAUGAACCUGAGCCAAGAGUGGGGAGCGAGGCGAACCAAAGGCUGUCUCUGCCAUUUACGGCAUUGGAGGGUGAUCCUCUUUCGCCCUAUCUCUUUUUAUUUUGUGCAGAGGUGCUCAUCUUUAUGAUACAUGAGGAGGUAGCAAGGGGCGAACUUCAUGGAGUUAAGGUGGCCCCGAUGGCGCCGGUUAUCACCAACUUAUGCUUCGCAGAUGAUACUCUUAUCUUCUGCCGAGCAUCGGAAGGAGAUGCCAAAAGUUUGAAGAGUGUGCUCAGGCGCUUCGCUGGGAUAUCCGGGCUUGAAAUUAACCAAGAGAAGACACACAUGAAUUUUAGCCAACAAUCCCCGUUGGAGCAGAAGGAUCGUAUGCAGCAGAUUCUAGGAUUCCAGGUAAUUGAAAAGCACGACAAAUAUUUGGGUAUGCCUGCUUCGCUGGGGCGAACCCGGAAAGAGGUCUUUGCAUAUCUUAGGGAACGACUUUGGAGCCGAAUUAAAGGUUGGGGGGGAAAACAUUUAUCGCAGGCUGGUAAAGAGGUACUCAUUAAAGCGGUGUUGCAAGCAAUUUCGGCGUUCAUCAUGAGCUGCUUUAUGCUUCCGGCAGGGCUCUUAUCAGACCUUGAGGCGGCCAUUAGAAGAUUCUGGUGGGGUAAUGGAGUGGGAAAGAGGAUGAAUUGGAUUGCAUGGGACAAAAUGUGCCGCAGCAAGAGGGACGGGGGGAUGGGCCUUCGGCAACUUGGCGGAGCUUCUUGCUUGCUCGUGAUGGUUUUAUUCAGGGACUUCGUCGGAAUUGGCAACGGACGGGAUACCUCUAUUUGGGGGGAGGCAUGGCUCAGAGAGGAUGGUAACUCGCGAAUCAUUACCAAACGGCCGAUGACGACACAUUUUCCAGAUCGGGUCUGGGAUUUGCUGGACCAUACUACCAUGCAGUGGAAUGUGGGGUUGAUUAUGCAGACCUUCUGGCCAGUUGACCAUGAAAGAAUUCUCUACUCCGGUGGGGAAUCCAGGGCAGCAGGGGGGGGCAGUGGGGACGAUCCUGGAAAGCGGUGGAAACUCCUGUGGGAACUUCGAAUCCCACCAAAGGUGCGGGUGUUUUGGUGGCGAGCAUGCUCCGAUAUUAUUCCAACUGCAGCUACGUUAUUCAGACGGAGGAUCGCAUCGUCGCCGUCUUGUUUCCGCUGUGGGGAACGGGUGGAAAUAUUCAUACAUGCGGUACAUGGAUGUGCGGGAAGUCGACAGGUUUGGAGUGGAGAUGUAUUUAAAUUACGCCCGAUCGCGGAUUCUUGCUCGACGUGGCAAUGGUUCAAUCAUUUGAGUGAGAUGCUGGGAAAGGACAAACUGGAGAUGGCUACCAUUGUUACGUGGAAACUUUGGGAAAUUCGCAAUCGGAAAUUACAUGGUGAGUUAGCUAUGAAUUUUUCGGAGGUGCUGAGUUGGUGCGACAAUUUCUUGGCCGUGUAUCGGCAACAAUUACAACCUUCUCCCCUGUCAAGUUGUGUAGAACGUACGGAGGCUUGGAUUCCACCGCCGCCAGGCUCACAUAAGGUAAAUUUCGACGCGGCCUUUCCGGUAGGUUCAGACUUUUAUCGCAUUGCUGCUGUGGCUCGUGACUCUCAAGGAAUGUGCAUUAAAUGGGUGACAAAGCGCAUUAGGGGCAGACCUAGCGUGGCCGAUGGUGAGGCGCACGCAGCCAUGCUUGCGGCAGAAUUGGCAGCACGGCACACAUGGCGCUCGGUCAUCUUGGAAGGGGACUGCAAGACGAUCAUAGACGCAGCUAACGAGGGCGACUUCCACACAUAUUCCUUCGGCGCCUACUUGGAAGGAAUCUUCAAUCUGUUAACAUCUGUUUCGCAUUUAAAAUUUCAAUUUGUUCAACGUUCUUGUAACCGUCUAGCUCAUUAUUUAGCUUCCUUUGAUUCUUUUGACUGUUAUGAGGGUGACACUUUACCUCCGCAUUUAGCCGGUUUGGCAUAUUGA